GACAAGUCUUUGGAAUGCUGCCUAAUUCUAGAACGUGAACCAAAACAAAUCCAGAGUAAGUGUUCUGUGUUCUGUUAUCUUGUGAGAGUGAGUGUUCUGUGAUCAGAGUAAGUGUUCUGUGCUGUGAUCUGCGGUUCUAUCCAUGUUUUAUCCGAUCGCAUUUCUGAUUCUGAAUUCUGAUAUAUCUGUUUUGAAUUGAAGUGUCAUGGCGGAUGGGUUUUUUUCCAGUAGUUUAAUUUUUUAAUAUAUUUCUUUGUCUUAAUAAGUAUAAACAUAUGUAUAUUAUCUGUAAUUAUUCCAUUCUUCGUAGGUAGAACGAUCGUAAAGUAUUUUUGAAAUUUAAUUAAGUCUUAUGUAUUGAAUGCCAACAAGGUCAAAGAGUUAUGACAAAUAGUCAAAAGUACAUUUUUCGGAAUCAAUAUUUUUUUAGUUUCUGUUUAGUGAAAAUUUAAUCAGUAAUUAUGGCGGAGAGUAAAGUGAUUGUAAGGUGUCCAAGCUCUUCAAGUCCGCCUCCAAAUUGUGCAAUUUGUUUGGGGGCUUUCUCCAAUAAGUGCUUUUCCGAUUCAUGUAUGCAUCAAUUUUGUUUCAAAUGUCUUCUAGAGUGGUCUAAGAUCAAACCUGAAUGUCCUCUUUGUAAACAACCUUUUACAAGAAUCAUUCAUAAUGUCAAGAGCAAUGAAGAAUAUGAUGAACAUGUUGUUGAAAUUACACCACCUGAAGAAGUCCAUAUAAUAGACAAUGAAGAAUAUUUAUAUUUACCUCUUGGGCAGCCACAACAAUCAACCAGGCACCAUUUUCAUUUUAGAACCACAUUUACAGUUGAUACUCAUGGAGAACAUGCUAUUCAACAAAUGUUGUUAACACAUCCACAAAUAUCAGUCAGUACCAGUGGAUAUGCACCCCCAAGAAAUAUUUAUCAUAGAAGGCGACGAGAACCUUCAACAACCACCAGUUUCCGACGUUCUGUCUAUAUUAGAAACUUAUGGGUUAUAGCCCCACCUGAUGUUACAGGAAGAUAUAGAGAUGUGUCGCCAUCAUUUUUCAGGAGUUUUCCUGCUGCCCGCACAAGACUUGUUCCUUGGUUGAAUCGAGAACUAAAUGCUAUACUUUAUGAAAAUACACAAUUAGUAAUGAGGCUGGUGGACAUCAUUAUGGAUCAUCUGCUCCAUCGACACAUUUGUAGUAGAGCAUUUCGAAAUUUACUUUUUGAAUAUCUGGAUAACAAGACAGACCAUUUUAUCCAUGAAUUUUUCAAUUUCAUGAGAUCACCUUUUGAUAUGGUAGGUUAUGAUCGACAUGUGAUAUAUUCAGAUAGACCACAAUCUCCACACGUGGUUAGUGUGCCAGAUGACAUUUCUGAAAGUGGAAACGAUAGUGAUGUAAUAAUUGUGGGAAGUAGCAACUCACAUGAGCCUGUUGUGAUAGAUCUAGUAGAAUCUGAUUCUGACGAACCUAUAAUAGUCCCAGAUGACUCUCCAUUACCUGCAUUAAUUCCAAUUACCGUUAACAGUCCUGAACCCGAACGAGAAACCAGGACGCCCGUAAUGCCUCUUAAAUUGCGCCUCAAACACAAACGUAGGUCUAGAGAGGAAGAAAGAGAGAAGAGAUACAAGAAAAGGUCAAGACGAUAUCGGUCAAGUUCCAGUUCCAGUGAAAGUUUUGUGAAGUCCACAGAAAGACAUAGGAGAAAGAAGAAAUUAAAAAAAAUGAAAAGACGUCCUGUUUCAUCUACAGAAAGUUACAGUCCUGAUUCCGAUAGUGACAUACCACUUUCUUUACUUCUAAAUAAAAGGCGAUUGAAAUUACGUCACAAAGCUCUAAACAUCAAUAAUUUCAUUAAAAGUCCAACCAAAGAUUCAUCAGAAAACGAUCAAGAUCUUUCAAACGAUAUAAAUUUACCAAGUUGUUCUAAAUAUAAUCCUGAAUUAAAUGGUGGUGGUGGUAGUAGUAGCAGUAGUAGUAGAUUGCCUAAUCUUCGGAGUAGUUGUAUAAAAGAAGAACCACCAACAAUUCCAGAGGCUCCAACGUGUUCAAGGUACACUUACACCCCACAAAUAAGCAGUACCUCAGGUGGUAUUAAUGGAAAUGAGUCCAGUGAUGAAGAGUAUGUUCAUAGACCUCAAGUAAAAAGUGAAAUAAAAAGAAUCAAAACUGAACCACACGUGAAAAGUUCAAAAUCUAGUGAGCGCUUAAGGAAUAUAAUGAUUAAAAAAGAAAACUCGAGUAAUACGUGGUAUGCAUAUCAACGUGAUUAUGAUUCAUCGGACAAUGAAGGCUUUGAAAAUUCCAAACCUGUUAUAUAA